UGGUAAUACGCCGUUAGGCUUUGAAUCGAGCGGAAACAGUUAAGUGACGUCACUUCCGUGCUGUGAGACUUAGCCUGCCUUGUUUUUUUCCAACUCACCUUCUUAAAUGUUAAACUCGGUCACAUACAUCCGAACAACAAUCCCCGUUCGAACGUGGGUUGUAUUUAUUACUUGUAUUACUAAUUCGUGUGAUUUUAGAUGUUUUGCAUGAAUUAGGGCAACUGCAUAGCCUUCUGGUAAUUGAACGCUAAGUUUUGUUUACGUGAAUGAAUUUAAGUGUUGAAUUUGGUGCAACCCUUGUCGACAUCAUCUUCCUGCUUGUAUUCAAUUAUAGUUGCCUAUAAUUGUUACUUUACCAUAUUAUGAUUAAAUAAUCGCUUAAUUAAGCAGCAACGUAUUGGUUGCGGUUAUUUUAAAACGUAUUGAGAAUGUAGUAAAAUAUGAUCCAUUUAAGGAGUUUGUGUUUACUGUAAAAAAAAAAGGUUGUUUUUUUGGACAUUUUGAGUUAAGAAAAUGGGGAAGAGGAAAGAAAUAGUUCAUUCCAGAUUUCCAGGUGAUGGCAGCGUUGGACUGCAUGCUGUUCACAAACACAAACACAAAAAACACAAGAAGCACAAAAGGAAGCACCCUGAGCCAGUCUUGGUACCUCGCCCGCCGCCGCAACUGCGCCUCAAAAUCAAGCUGGGAGGACAGACGCUGGGAACCAAAAGUGUCCCCACCUUCACAGUGCACCCUGGUGUGGCUUGUCCUCCCUCACCUCUGACCAUUGUGGACAAUGAUAAUGAAGACGAUGACGAUGAGCCCUCUGUGCCUCUGGAGCAGUAUCGGGCCUGGCUCGAUGAGGACAGCAACAUGGCUGCCUCUCCUCUGCCAGACAUGGACUCACACACAAUGCUGAGAUGUCCCGCGGACGAGGAGGAGAGAUGGCUGGACGCUUUGGAGAAGGGCGAGCUUGAUGACAACGGCGAACUGAAGAAGGAGGUGGAUGAGUCGCUGCUCACCACCAGGCAGAAAGCGCUACUCCACAAGCAGCAGAUCCAGCCCCUCCUGGAGUUGCCCAUGGGCUACAAGGAGAAGGAGCUGACUGCUGAGAUGAUGCAAAAGCGGGAGGAGCGCGCUCGGAAGAGACGCUUGCAAGCGGCCAAGAAAGCGGAAGAGAACAAGAACCAGACCAUUGAGAGACUGACCAAGACCAGCAAGGCCAAGAUCAAAAGUAUGAGAGACAGGAAGUCCAGGCAGAGUCAGUGUCCCACCGUCCGCUAUAGUGACUCCGCCCAGGGGGUCACCAUCUCCUUCCCUGUGGGCGUUCCCACUCCAGAAGCUGCUGCAACCCUUUCGCCACCUGCAGCCUCUGUAAACUGCGGGGUCAGUGGCUGCUGCGAGCUGAAGAAGUACAGCUGCUCCAAGACGGGUGUCCCACUGUGCAGUCUGCAGUGCUACAAGAAGAACAUGCAGCGCCACCUUCAAACUUUUUGUGCACCUGCAGAACUAAUCAUUAAUCAACAAUAGUCAUGACUGUAAAAAGGACACGUUUAUUAAUAAAUAACAUGUCAAAUGC